CUUUUGAAGCGCUCAUGCGUCAGUGAAUGCGGCGCUAAAGAAAAGGAGGCGAGUAGCAGUGUUUCGCUUCACUUGAGAACAUAUUAUUAGCUAGCUAACUAAAUACAUUUGUUAAUUAUCUAUCCUUUAAGUUUCUAUCAACAAGAUAUGAGCGACAACGGGAAGGAUUUUGGCGAGCGGGUUGAGUUGGGAAGAAGCAAAAUGGCGGAAGAAGUUUCAGAUAUGAAGUUUGAAGUUGUUAAAGGGCAUAUUUGAUGAAGCUGAUGGUGUUGAUGCAUGCUAAUGUAAAAUGAAGCUGGCAGAAGCGAGCGGCCGCGCUGUCCACUGGUAGUGAUGUAAUGGGAGGAAGGAAGUGGGGGAAGAGGAGAGAAAAAUGAAGUCAGAAAUGGUGUGAAACGGAAGAAAGAAGAAAAGAAAUGGUUGUUUUGAAGUUAUGAAGUUAAAGAAGUGAUGAAGUUAUGAGAAGUGUUCGGGGGUAUGGUUAAUUCCCUAUAGCCUGCUAUGUUAUUAUUACUACAAUCCUAUUUCUCUCUCCUUCUGUUUUCUAAAGCAGUGUUUCCCAAGCCAUCCCUCAAGGACCCCCAGUCAUUACACCGGGUUGUUCUAUUCCACCACUAGUACACCUGAUUCAACAAAUUCUCAAGCUCUUUCUCAAAUUGAAUCAGGUGUACUAAAACGGAACAGUGCAACAGUUGGGGUCCCCCUGAGGGAUGGAGUGAGAAACACUUCUUAAGCAUGCAUGCCAACUGUUCCUCCAUCUCAGACACAUUACCUAGUCCUCAACACGCAAGGUUACUCUGCUACGCUGCCUAGAGUGUAAGAGAACAAUCCGCUCAUCAUAGAACUGUGUUAAGAUUAAACUAGAUUAACACCUCUACUUUAAGCCUAUAUGAUUUCCUCUGGUCGCCUGUAACAGGCAGAUCUAGUUACCACAAAUACCUGUCUUUAAUGAAAUGUUAUUUUUUUCUUAAACUACUGGGGCUCAAAUAUGAGGGGCCUGUAGCAGGUUUGAGCGAGGUUCCUUCUGUACCUCCUCUCUCUCUAUCCUGACCGUUUGUGUUUUGAUUCUGACCUGUGUUUAUGUGUAUCUGGCCCGUUCAGGACUCGCGGUCCGCUUCCAGGAGUGUGAGCCCAAGGGGUUCUGGGAAGUCUGCCAGCCGCUCUCCGGCCCAUUCCCCAGCCCGCUCCAAAGAUGGCUCCAGACACUCCCGGUCUAAGUCCCACUCCCGAUCCCGCUCCAAGUCCAGGUCUCGUUCCCACAGAAGCUCCCGCAGGCAUUAUUCCCGCUCUCGCUCCCGUUCCCACCGCCGUCGUUCCCGUAGCCGUUCCCGAAGCGGAGAAUACCGCCGCCGUCGGAGCCACAGCCACUCCCCCAUGUCCAACCGCCGCAGGCACAUUGGCAACCGGGCCAACCCGGACCCUAACUGCUGCCUGGGUGUGUUUGGUCUGAGCCUGUACACCACAGAGAGAGACCUGAGAGAUGUGUUCUCCAAGUACGGCCCCCUGGCUGAUGUCAGCAUCGUCUACGACCAGCAGUCACGACGCUCCCGCGGCUUCGCCUUCGUCUACUUCGAAGUCCGAGAGGACGCCAAUGAGGCUAAGGAGAGAGCUAAUGGAAUGGAGUUGGAUGGACGGAGGAUCAGGGUGGAUUUCUCCAUCACCAAACGACCACACACUCCUACCCCUGGGAUAUACAUGGGACGGCCCACAUAUGGCGGUGGUGGCGGCAGCAGCAGCGGAGGCGGUGGUGGUGGUGGUGGAGGAGGAAGUGGCGGCCCCAGCUCAAGCUCAUCUCGCCGUAGCUCGAGGGAUUGCGACCGCGGCGGUGACCGUGGUUACGACAGAGGCUACGACCGCGGCUACGAUCGCUAUGAAGACCGAGAGUGCUACAGGUCCUACAGACGCAGGUCUCCGUCCCCGUACUACAGCCGAGGGGCCUACCGGUCUCGCUCACGGUCGCGAUCUUACUCCCCACGCCACUACUGAGCAGAGGGAGAAGAGGAACAAUAUGAUACUUUUUGUGGGGUGAAUGUAGGACAGGGUUAGGGCCAGGGGGGGUGGAUGUGGGGUUAGGGCCAGG